AUGCAGCAGCAAGGCGGCAGCGGCCUGGCAGUCAUCACGCCAGAAGGUCAACGACUUCGUCAUUUCCUGUCGAGAUACAGAGUGAUCAGGUCAUACCCUGCCACUCCACCAACACAACAAGAGCCCCCGCCAACAAGAGACCCCCGCCAACAAGAGCCCCCUGCCAACAAGAGACCCUGCCAACAAGAGCCCCCUGCCAACAAGAGACCCCCGCCAACAAGACCCCCCCGCCAACAAGAGCCCCCUGCCAACAAGAACCCCUGCCAACAAGAGUCCCUGCCAACAAGAGACCCCCGCCAACAAGAGCCCCCGCCAACAAGAACCCCUGCCAACAAGAGCCCCCGCCAACAAGAGCCCCCGCCAACAAGAGCCCCCGCCAACAAGAGCCCCCGCCAACAAGAGACCCCCGCCAACAAGAGUCCCCGCCAACAAGAGACCCCAACAAGAGUCCCCGCCAACAAGAGUCCCCGCCAACAAGAGACCCCCGCCAACAAGAGCCCCCGCCAACAAGAGCCCCCGCCAACAAGAGCCCCCGCCAACAAGAGACCCCCGCCAACAAGAGUCCCCGCCAACAAGAGACCCCCGCCAACAAGAGCCCCGCCAACAAGAGCCCCCCGCCAACAAGAGCCCCCGCCAACAAGAGCCCCCCUCCAACAAGAGACCCCGCCAACAAGACCCCCCCGCCAACAAGAGCCCCCCGCCAACAAGAGCCCCCGCCAACAAGAGCCCCCCGCCAACAAGAGCCCCCCGCCAACAAGAGUCCCCCGCCAACAAGAGUCCCCCGCCAACAAGAGUCCCCCGCCAACAAGAGUCCCCCGCCAACAAGAGUCCCCCGCCAACAAGAGUCCCCCGCCAACAAGAGCCCCCGCCAACAAGAGCCCCCGCCAACAAGAGCCUUCUGGUCUUCCCCGCCUCGAACUGAAGUGCGACUCUGACGCCGCAGACCUGCGCAUCCCGUCCCUGCCUUCCCCCAGACGAAAGGAAAAGAAUGAGGGCAAAAAUGAGUGGGAAAAAAUGGUUGUCAAGGGAAAUGCUGUUACCAUCUUCAAACGGAAGUCAAAAGAGAAACUGAAGAAUGAAAGUUAUAUCAAUAAUUGGUCAGAGGACGUAAGGAACUGUUGCUCCCCCUCAGUGAGCUGCGGAGAGUUGACUGGAAUACUCAAGAGUUCUGCAACGUUUUCUUCGCCAUCUGAAGCAGAGCUGAAGGAUGCUUCAGAAGCAGAGGCAUCUGAAGCAGAGCUGAAGGAUGCUUCAGAAGCAGAGGCAUCUGAAGCAGAGCUGAAGGAUGCUUCAGAAGCAGAGCUUAAGAAGACAUAA